CUUCCGUGUUGUGGGCAUUGCCCAACCGGGUGUGUUAGUCUUGACCUGCUCUGACUGCAUGUUGCCGCGGGUGAGCUGAGCUUCUCCUGUCCUCCGUUCCCGUGUGUACAAUGGCAAGCCGUGAUCCCAGCGAGAGGAGUCCGCUGCUGGGCGGUCGCUCCGAGCCCCCUGUUCCUGCUGGAUCCGUGUUCUCCGGCCGUGGCCUGGCCUGCGCGGCGGUCUUGCUUUCCGAGCUGUUGGAGCGGGUGGCUUUUUACGGCAUUACUUCCAACCUGGUCCUUUUCCUCAAUGGACAGAUCUUCGGCUGGGAAGGGACCCAGGCCAGCCAGGCUCUGUUACUGUUUAUGGGCAUCACUUACCUGGUGUCUCCCUUUGCUGGUUGGCUGGCAGAUGCCCUGUUAGGUCGCUUCUACGUCAUUCUGGGCAGCAUGGUGCUCUACUUGCUGGGCAUGCUGCUUUUCCCUAUGGUCUCCUAUUCGGGCACCCGCACUGCUUUCUGCGGGGACAUUCAAUGGGCGCAAAUAGAGAACUGUAGCAGGAGCAACGCCUCGAGCGACGAUACCUGCCCGGAGCCGAGCCGGAGAUACUGCGCCCCCGCGCUAUUCCUGGGACUCAUCAUUGUGGGGCUGGGAGUGGGCUCGGUCAAGGCCAAUAUCACUCCGUUUGGUGCCGAUCAGGUGAAAGACCGAGGACCAGAAGCAACGCGGAGAUUUUUCAACUGGUUCUACUGGAGUAUUAACCUGGGAGCCAUUAUAUCUCUUGGUGGAGUUGCAUAUGUCCAGCAGAAUGUAGAAUUCCUCAUUGGAUACAUUAUUCCUGCAGUGUGUAUCGGUGUUUCCUUCUUAGUCUUUUUAUGUGGAAAAACAGUGUUUGUUACCAAACCAGCCGAUGGCAGUGCCUUCACCGAUAUGGUCAAGAUUCUGGCCUACUUCUGCUGUUCACGGAAACAUACAAGAGAAAACACCAGAAAUAUCCAGAAUAAUCAACAUAGACAUAAACAAAGCAGGUUGGAUAUGGCAAAGGCUUCACAUGGUGGACAAUUUAGGGAAGAUAAAGUAGAAGAUGUAAAAGCCCUUGUAAAGAUUAUCCCUGUAUUCUUGGCACUUAUUCCUUAUUGGACUGUGUAUUUUCAGAUGCAAACUACAUACGUACUUCAGAGUCUUCAUUUAAGAAUACCACAAAUCUUCAAUAACAAUCAUACGCUCCCAGCAGCAUGGCUUACCAUGUUUGAUGCAGUGCUUAUUUUGAUUCUCAUACCGCUCAAAGAUAAGCUGGUGGAUCCCUUUUUGAAAAAGAGAGGCCUUUUGCCAUCACCCCUCAAACGGAUUGCUGUUGGAAUGUUCUUUGUGAUGUGUUCAGUGCUAGCUGCAGGUAUUUUGGAAAGUGAAAGGUUGGAGAUUGUAAAGCGUGAUAAGAUCCAGCAGCAGAUUGGUAAUGUGACUUACUACGCUGCUAAUCUGACCGUAUGGUGGCAGUUACCUCAGUACAUUCUAAUUGGAAUCAGUGAGAUAUUUGCAAGUAUUGCAGGUCUGGAAUUUGCUUACUCAGCCGCCCCUAAAUCUAUGCAGAGUGUGAUCAUGGGGCUGUUCUUUUUCUUUUCUGGAAUUGGAUCUUUUGUUGGCUCUGGACUUCUUGCCCUUGUGUCUAUUCCACAAAUUGGAUGGAUGAGCAAUCACUCUGAUCUAGGUAAUAUAAAUGGGUGCACGCUGAACUAUUAUUUCUUCCUACUAGCAGCUGUUCAGGCUGCAACGCUCCUUCUUUUCCUUAUCAUUUCUGUGAAAUAUGAACGACAGCAGUCCAAAACUCACAGGAGACUUUAACUACAUUUGCUAAAAUAUACCAUUUAUACUGUUGCGGAGUUAAGCUGAAGGCCUGACUGAAGUAUUGACAAACUCCUAAAAAGCACCAGCUUGUUCUGUGACUUCAGUUUCACUGCUCAGAGUGUCCCUUAAAGCCAAAGAGACUUGAUUUGAAGGGCUACAAACACUUUGCACUACUUUCAUUCUUCAGGACAAGCCAAUUACAAGUACACUGAAGGGUAUUUUAGCACUCCUCUUAGUAAAAAGUGAAACUAGGUUCAUUUUUAUAUGGCUGAUAUUUAGUGGUCAAGUUUUUAUUUUGAGAUAUUUAAAAAACUGAGAUCAUUGUUUGAACAUGCCUUUGAUAAUCCCGUGGACUUCAAAUAUUUAAAUUGCUGCUACAAGUGUGUGUUCUGCCCAGCACGCAGCUCAGUUUUAUUCUUCCAGUUAAUGGGCUGUCAGCAAUGAGUCCGUGCAAAGUGAAUUAAUGUCACUGUAUCCUUUUCUGUCAAAGGAAAGUGGUUGUUGAGUGACAUUUCUGGAAGUGAAAGGUACUUUCUGCCUGCACCAUUUAGGUAACAAACAUAUACAGGUACAGUAUUUAUUAUAUGAAAUGCGUGGUGCCUGCUGUUUUCCAGAUAAGGGAGGAUUUUGAAAUUUGGAUCUCUAUACUUUAAAGGGCCAGUAACACCAAAUAUUUUAGUAAUUAAUCUGCCCCUAUACUGCUGUAAUAAUAAAGUAUUACAUCCCCCUUGGAUUUUUUUUACCAGCUAGAAUUAUGCUUACACAAGGCUAUAUAGUAGCAAGGUGACCGGGGGUGUUAAUUGAAAAAAUCUAAGCUAUAGUAAGAUUUACCUAUUCUUACAGCAGUUUUCUUACAGCUGGAGGACUAAGUACUGAAUCAUUGUAUUACUAGUCUGUUAAAAAUCAUGUAAUCCAUAGACAUGGAUUAAUACAGCUUAAUUAGGAUCAAUGAUAUUCCAGUAUUUCCGAGUGUUGUGGAUAAUUGGUUUCUGGAUAAAGGAUCUUCAACCUUUACCUGAUAAUAACCAACGCUCAUGGGUGCCAGAGCCCCUAGUUACUACCUGAGUUUUGAUCUCAACUUUUUGUUUUUUUAUAAUGAAGAGUGAAAAUAAUGCCAGCCAGUUACAUGAGUUUUUUUAUUGAGAUAAAAUAAUGCAGAUUUUAAGAUUCCAAAAAUGCCACCGCUAGAUUUAAAAAAAAAAAA